AUGUCGGAGGUUGAAAUGUUGAAGCAGGACAAGGCAACAAAGAAAAGGAAGACAAUUUAUUAUGUGUCACAGGGACGGGCAAUCCAUCAUAUGGUUGACCUUUACACUCCCAUAGAGGAUCUUAUUGCCAAAAAUGACCGACAUUGUGAAGAAAGUGGCAGCGACGCCACUCCAGAACAAGACCACCUUCAACAUGGCUACAUUGAACUCACCAAGGCACUGCCUUGGGUUCACGACAAGCUGGCAUGUCUCGACCACGAAGAUACAGAGGACAUGCUAAGACAGCUCAAGCAAGGUGCGGACUCAGCUUGUGGCGACGACAUGGGAACUCUCAAAGACCUCAUUGCUUCUUGGGUAAAUAUUGAGUACUGUCCAACUCCGCUCAUAAGGACCGACGACAAGCACCAUCGAGGUUUCGCGAGCGAUGCAUGUGGUAAACUGCUCUGCCCAGCAGAAUGGCGCUGGGAGGACCCAGUCGUUAAGGCUGGCAUUCAUGACCGUACGAUCGCUUUUAUCAUUUCCGAGAAUUCAUGGCUGUCAUUCAUGUAUGAGAACUAUGAAGCUGACGCCAAGCAUCUGGAGCGCGGUCUUUUCAAGUCGAGGCUGCUGGUUAUGGGGUUAAAAGCCAUCUUUACAUCUCCCUCAUCUGCCAAUGAAGUGGAUGGUGAGGGUGAGGGUGCCGACAUUAUUGAGAACAACCGGCGCGCCCGGAGACGAUCCGAUCAGGCUAAAGUGAAGACAUGUGUUGCCUCUAUCAUAGGUAUGAGGAAGGUGACUCCUCGCGCAAUCAUGUAUGCAGCUUGCCAAAUUCUAUUUGCACUUUCCAACCUCACCUCCUGGCACACAGUGGACGGAGACUUCGACUAUCAUAUCUUCUGGAACAACAUCGUAGAUUUCUUUGAAGACACCCCAGGUCCAGCUGCGCGAGCCCGGGUUAACACACUUCUUGAGUGGUGGACCAGAAAAUUUUUCGGAAGAAAUCAUUGGCAGGACUUGACGCCAGAGGUUACAUCUCACAUGUCUGUCAAUACUCUCACUACCCAGAGACAGCAGAUGGAAGACACCGAAUUAGAUUCCGACUAG